CCUUGCAUUGCAGCAACAGAGGCAAACUGGGAAAAGAAGACCAUUUUACAAAAAGGCAGAGGCUUGGAAGCAAUCGCAGAUCGAUAUUUCGAUUUACUUUAUUGGCAAGGCUCCUUGAGGCAGGAGUUGAUCCUUUGCCCCUUUGAGACGCCCCCCCCUUUUAAAGAUAAUAAUAAUAAUAAUAAUAUUUUUUUGCAUUUAAAGAGGGGGAUCAAUAAAUUGCAUCGGAUUUUGGGCGCCUAUCCUUCUCCUCUUUGAAUAUCAAUUAAUUUUGGGGGGCUGCUGUUUGAAUCUGGAACCAUUGCCUUUGCCUCCCAAGCCCCCUCCUCCCCAUUUGCAGCAGACAGCAAAGCUGCCACCGGUUUGCUUUGGAGCCCUUCCUUCUUGCAAAGGCUUUAGAAAGCUCAGCCUCUCCUCCUUCUAGGCCUUGAAAUUGGGGUCUUUGUCCCUUGCUUUCAACCCCCCCCCCAAAAGCCCCCCCAAAUGCCUUGCAGCUGAUGCCUUGCUUGCAAAGCUGGGCUCAGGAUGGGGUUUUUGCACCAGCUUUACCUCCUCCUUUGGAAGAAUGUCACCCUCAAAAGAAGGAGCCCAGGAGUGCUGGCCUUUGAGAUCUUCAUCCCUUUGGUCCUCUUCUUCAUCCUUCUGGGUCUGCGGCAGAAGAAGCCCACCAUCCCCGUCAAAGAAGUCUCUUUCUACACAGCCUCGCCGCUCACCUCCGCCGGGAUCCUGCCGGUGAUGCAGUCUCUGUGUCCCGACGGACAGCGAGACGAAUUCGGGUUCUUGCAGUACUCCAACUCCAAAGUAACUCAGCUGCUGGAGCGGCUCAAUGAAGUGGUGGAGAAAAGUAACUUGUUCGAUCCAGAUCACGCCGGACUGGAAGAGGAGCUGGAGUCGCUGCGGCGUCGCCUGGAGUCUCUGGGCAGCAACGAACCCACCGCUAUGGAGACUCACUUCAGCAAUCGGGCCGCUCCUGGCUUCACGCUGGACUCGGCUGCCAAGGACAAGAUGGACUUCCACCAGUUUCUCACCCAGAACCUCUCUUUGUCCAAUGAGACGGCCGAACUCUUGACUGGCUCCAGGGUGAACCUCAAAGAGGUGUAUCGGCUGUUCUUUGGCACAUCGCCUGGCUCUUUGGAUGCAUUUCAAGAGCCUUGGGACCGAUUCAACGCAGCGGAGAAGCUUCUUCACCUGGAGGAAGGCCUCCUGGGAAGUUUGAGGAACACCGAAGAUGGUCUCGUUCGCCAAGCGCUGCGAUACCCACAGGAAGGUUCGCACAAGAAGGCUCUGAUCCACCUCCUCUCCCAGGCCUUUGGCCUCCCCAGUCCAGCGGCAGAGACCACCAGUCCCUAUGGCCCUCAAGCCUUUGUGAAGGACAUGGAGAAUAUCCUUUUCACGCCUGCCGUGCUAGAGAGCCUCACUUGCCAUCCGGGCCAGUUGAAACGCCUCUUGAUGGUCCCGGAAAGGCAGCAUCCGCUCCUGCGAGCAUAUCAGGCGGCCGUCUGCAACCGGAGCGUCAGCCUGCGCAAAGAUUAUUUUGGACAGCUGGCAGCAGAGUUGAAGGAACAGCUGGAUGCACCCAAGAUCAUCAACCAGCUAAAACUCAACGAGGUGAACGGCACGGUGGCACGGAGCCGCCUGCACGCCUUGCUGGAAGACCUCAUGGAGAUGCAGAACGUCCUGAAGGAGGUGGACAUCCUUUCGGCUUUAGCCAAGCUGCUGCCCAAGGGGGCAUGUGCUGCCAAAAUGGCCCCCAGUGUCUCCAAUGCCACCAGUCCCACUGGAGGGAACUUCACCUCGGGCACCAACUCCAGCUUGGAGGAUGGCAAAGGGGAGGGUGAGACCCCCACGGAAGACCCCCAAGGCCAGUGUUCGGCCUUCGUCCAACUCUGGGCCGGGCUCCAGCCCAUUCUCUGUGGCAACAACCGGACUAUUGAGCCGGAGGCCCUGAAACAAGGGAACAUGAGCUCUUUGGGGUUCACCAGCAAAGAGCAGCGGAAUUUGGGGCUCCUCGUCCACCUCAUGACCAGUAACCCCAAAAUCCUAUACUCCCCCAUCGGCACUGAAGUGGACAAGGUCAUCCUGAAGGCCAAUGAGACCUUUGCAUUCGUGGGGAAUGUGACCCGCUACGCUCAGGUCUGGCUGAACGUUUCGGCCGAGAUCCGCGGCUUUCUGGAGGAGGGCAAGUUGCAACAACGGAUCCGGUGGCUGCGGCAGAUCGCUGCAGAUCUUCAGAAGCACCCUGAGAUCCUCAAUGUUUCAGACAGCGACCUGCUCAACAACUUCAUGGAAAGUAACUUCUCCUUGCCCAACACCAGCACUCUCUUGUCCCAGCUGGACACCAUAGACAAUGCCGCCUGCGGCUGGAUCCAGUUCAUGUCCAAGGUCAGUGUGGACAUCUUCAAGGGUUUUCUAGACGAGGAGAGCAUUGUGAACUACACCUUGAACCAAGCCUACCAAGACAACGUCACAGUGUUUGCCAGUGUGAUCUUCCAGACCAACAAGGACGGCACCCUCCCUCCCCACGUCAUGUACAAGAUCCGCCAAAACUCCAGCUUCACAGAGAAGACCAAUGAGAUCCGCCGCGCAUAUUGGAGGCCUGGACCGAAUACAGGGGGGCGCUUCUACUUCCUUUACGGCUUCGUCUGGAUCCAAGAUAUGAUGGAAAGAGCGAUCAUCAAUACCUUUGUAGGACAUGACGUUGUUGAACCCGGGAACUAUGUGCAGAUGUUUCCGUAUCCUUGCUACACCCGAGACGACUUCCUGUUUGUCAUAGAGCACAUGAUGCCCCUCUGUAUGGUCAUCUCCUGGGUCUACUCAGUGGCCAUGAUGAUUCAGCACAUUGUGGCUGAGAAGGAGCACCGCUUGAAAGAGGUGAUGAAGAUGAUGGGCCUGAACAAUGCUGUCCACUGGGUGGCCUGGUUCAUCACAGGUUUCGUCCAGCUGUCCAUCUCGGUCACUGCUCUGACUGCCAUCCUCAAGUAUGGGAAGGUGCUGAUGCACAGCGACGUCUUCAUCAUCUGGCUCUUCCUGGCCAUCUACGCUGUGGCCACCAUCAUGUUCUGUUUCCUCAUCUCUGUGCUCUACUCCAAAGCCAAGCUGGCCUCGGCGUGCGGCGGCAUCAUCUACUUCCUCAGCUACGUCCCUUACAUGUACGUUGCCAUCCGGGAAGAAGUGGCACACGAUAAGAUCACCGCCUUUGAGAAGUGCAUUGCGUCCCUGAUGUCCACCACAGCCUUUGGCCUGGGCUCUAAGUACUUUGCCCUCUAUGAGGUGGCUGGCGUGGGCAUCCAGUGGCACACCUUCAGCCAGUCACCUGUCGAAGGGGACGAUUUCAACCUCCUCCUCUCCAUGAUGAUGCUCAUCAUUGACGCCGUGGUCUAUGGGGUGCUCACCUGGUACAUUGAGGCUGUGCACCCAGGCAUGUAUGGCCUUCCGCGGCCCUGGUACUUCCCGCUGCAGAAGUCCUACUGGCUGGGAAAUGGGCGCAUCGAGACGUGGGAGUGGACAUGGCCCUGGUCAAGAACCACGCGCCUGAGCAUCAUGGAGGAAGACCAAGCGUGCGCCAUGGAGAACCGGAGGCUGGAGGAGACCCGGGGUAUUGAGGAGGAGCCCACCCAUCUCCCGCUGGUGGUUUGCGUGGACAAACUGACCAAGAUCUACAAGACGGACAAGAAGAUGGCUCUGAACAAGCUCAGUCUCAACCUCUACGAGAACCAAGUGGUGUCCUUCUUGGGUCAUAAUGGAGCUGGCAAGACCACCACCAUGUCCAUCUUGACCGGCCUCUUCCCUCCAACCUCUGGCUCUGCCACCAUUUACGGUUAUGACAUUCGGACAGAGAUGGACGAGAUCCGGAAGAACCUGGGCAUGUGCCCCCAGCACAAUGUCCUCUUUGACAAGCUGACAGUGGAGGAGCACUUGUGGUUCUACUCACAGCUAAAGGGCAUGGCUGAAGAGGAGAUCCGCAAGGAGAUGGACAAAAUGAUCGAAGACCUGGAGCUGACCCACAAGUGCCACUCCUUGGUGCAGACACUCUCUGGGGGGAUGAAAAGAAAGCUAUCGGUAGCCAUCGCCUUCGUGGGAGGAUCCCGGGCAGUCAUCUUGGAUGAACCCACUGCUGGUGUGGACCCCUAUGCACGGAGGGCUAUUUGGGACAUCAUUCUCAAAUAUAAGCAAGGAAGGACCAUCCUUCUCUCGACCCACCACAUGGAUGAGGCUGACCUUCUGGGCGACCGCAUCGCCAUCAUCUCUCACGGGAAGCUGAAAUGCUGCGGCUCCCCGCUUUUUCUGAAGGGCACCUACGGCGAUGGGUACAAGCUGACCGUGGUCAAGAAGCAGUCAGACUCCCGGAUGAACACGGACUCCGGACAGACCCACAGCCCCCAAGGCCAGUCCUCCAUCAGCCCCUGUUCCGAAGUGCGAGUCACCCAGUUCAUCAAGAAAUACGUGGCUUCGUGUCUCCUGAUCUCCAACACCAACACCGAGCUGUCCUACAUCCUUCCCAGUGAGGCGGUCAAGAAGGGGUGCUUCGAAAGGCUCUUCCAGCACCUGGAGCACAGCCUGGAUGACCUGGAGCUGACCAGCUUUGGCCUGAUGGACACAACGCUGGAAGAGGUCUUCCUCAAGGUCUCAGAGGAAGACCAAUCCCUUGAAAACAGUGAUGUGGAUGUCAAAGAGUCCAAAAAGGAUGCCCUGCCUCUCCCUGACCCUCAGCUGGGUCCCAAACCCGAAGCCAACGGCAAGCUCCUUCUGGGCUCAGAAAUGCUUGAGAAACCGGAGGCGGAUCGGGGCAACCUGGUGACCUGUUCCCAACUCAGCCAGUCUCAGACGUCGCUGCGCUCCUCGUCUUCGGCCGGCUCCGUGCGCGGCGAUGAAGGUGGGGCUUAUUCGGAGUUCUAUGGGGAUUACUCUCCGUUGUUUGAUAACCUGCAAGACCCUGAUAACAUCAGCCUGCAAGACCAAGAGGCCGACUUGGAAGAGGAGCAAACGCUGGUGGGUCAAGGGAGCUUCAAGUUGGAGGGCUCCUGGCUCAAACUGCGUCAAUUCCAUGGGCUGAUUGUCAAGCGGUUCCACUGCGCCAAGCGCAACACCAAGGCCCUCUUCUCCCAGAUCCUCCUGCCUGCCUUUUUCGUCUGCGUGGCCAUGACCGUCGCCCUCUCCGUGCCAGAGAUCGGAGACCUGCCACCACUCACCCUCUCGCCCUCACAAUACCACAACUACACACAACCCAAGGGCAACUUCAUCCCUUACGCCAACGAGGAACGUCACGAAUACCGGAUGAAGCUGUCGCCGGAUGCCAGCCCCCAGCAGCUGGUGGGGACCUUCCACUUACCGUCCGGAGUCGGGGCCACCUGUGUUUUGAAGACGGCCUUCAACAGCACUUUGGACCAACUGGUCCAGUCCCUGAACCUCAACAGCAACGAGUCCAAGAUGCUGGCGGCCAAGUACUUUGACGCCAUGUGCGUGGACUCCUUCACCCAGGGCCUUCCGCUCUCCAACUUCGUUCCUCCGCCUCCAUCCCCGGCCCCCUCCGACUACCCCUUCUCUUUGGAUGAGGACUUGCUCCGCGCCUGGAACUCCACUCCGUACCCCUCCGCCAUCAAAGGGACAGUCACCUCUGCCCCUUCCUUGCCCAGCAUCGUCCAUGAACCCAUCAAGUGCACCUGUUCCAUGCAGGGCACUGGCUUCUCCUGCCCCAGCGGAGUCGGUGGCCACCCGCCCCAGAUGAAAGUGGUCACCGGAGACAUUUUGGUGGACAUCACAGGGCGCAAUGUCUCCGAGUACUUGCUCUAUACUUCAGAUCGCUUUCGGCUGCACAGGUACGGAGCAGUGACCUUUGGCAAUAUCCAGAAAGCCAUCCCAGCAUCCUUUGGUGUCAAGGCGCCUCCUAUGGUUCGGAAAAUCGCCGUCCGGAGAACCGCCCAGGUAUACUACAACAACAAGGGCUACCACAGUAUGCCAACUUACCUUAACACCCUCAACAAUGCCAUCCUUCGUGCCAACCUGCCUAAGAGCAGGGGGAACCCUGCUGCCUACGGUAUCACCUUGACCAACCACCCCAUGAACAAAACCAGCGCCAGCCUCUCCUUGGAUUACCUCCUCCAAGGGACCGACGUGGUCAUUGCCAUCUUCAUCAUUGUGGCCAUGUCCUUCGUACCGGCCAGUUUCGUGGUCUUCCUGGUGGCUGAGAAGUCCACCAAAGCCAAGCACCUCCAGUUUGUCAGCGGCUGUGAUCCGGUCAUCUAUUGGCUGGCCAACUACGUCUGGGACAUGCUGAACUACUUGGUCCCGGCCACCUGCUGCAUCAUCAUCCUCUUCGUCUUUGACUUACCAGCCUACACUUCGCCCACCAACUUCCCAGCCGUGCUUUCUCUCUUCCUACUCUAUGGUUGGUCCAUUACGCCCAUCAUGUACCCAGCGUCCUUCUGGUUCGAGGUGCCCAGUUCCGCCUACGUCUUCCUCAUCGUCAUCAACCUCUUCAUUGGCAUCACGGCCACCGUGGCCACCUUCCUCCUGCAGCUCUUUGAGCAUGACAAGGACUUGAAAGUGGUGAACAGCUAUUUGAAGAGCUGCUUCCUGAUCUUCCCCAACUACAACUUGGGCCAUGGGCUGAUGGAGAUGGCCUACAAUGAAUACAUCAACGAAUACUAUGCCAAGAUUGGUCAAUUUGACAAGAUGAAGUCACCGUUUGAGUGGGACAUCGUGACCCGGGGCUUGGUUGCCAUGACCAUCGAAGGCUUUGUGGGCUUCUUCAUCACCAUCAUGUGCCAGUAUAAUUUCCUACGAAAGCCACAGCGCCUUCCGGUGUCCACCAAACCCAUUGAAGAUGACAUAGACGUGGCGAACGAGCGUCAGCGCGUCUUGCGGGGAGACGCUGACAACGACAUGCUCAAGAUCGAGAACCUCACCAAGGUGUACAAAUCCCGCAAGAUUGGCCGGAUCCUGGCGGUGGACCGGCUGUGCGUGGGCGUCCGGCCGGGAGAAUGCUUUGGCUUGCUGGGGGUCAAUGGGGCCGGGAAGACCACCACUUUCAAGAUGCUGACGGGAGACGAGAGCACGACCGGCGGCGAGGCCUUCAUCAAUGGACACAGCAUCUUGAAGGACCUUCUCCAAGUGCAGCAGAGCCUGGGCUACUGUCCGCAGUUUGAUGCCCUCUUUGACGAGUUGACCGCCCAGGAACACCUGGAGCUCUACACCCGGCUGCGGGGCAUUCCCUGGAAGGACGAGGAGCGGGUGGUCAAAUGGGCACUAAAGAAGCUGGAGUUGAGCAAAUAUGCUAACAAACCUGCCAGUACCUACAGUGGGGGCAACAAGAGGAAGCUCUCCACCGCGAUUGCCCUGAUCGGCUACCCGGCCUUCAUUUUCCUGGAUGAGCCAACUACGGGGAUGGAUCCCAAAGCCAGGCGUUUCCUAUGGAACCUCAUCUUGGACAUCAUCAAAACCGGCCGUUCGGUGGUUCUGACGUCGCAUAGCAUGGAAGAGUGCGAGGCCCUUUGCACGCGUUUGGCCAUCAUGGUCAAUGGCCGGCUGAAGUGCCUGGGAAGCAUCCAGCAUCUCAAGAACAGGUUUGGGGAUGGCUACAUGAUCACGGUCCGGACCAAAUCCAGCCUGAAUGUCAAAGAGGUGGUUCGGUUCUUCAACCGGAACUUUCCGGAAGCCAUCCUCAAGGAGAGGCACCACACAAAAGUGCAAUACCAGCUGAAGUCCGAGCAGAUCUCUCUGGCCCAGGUCUUCAGCAAGAUGGAGCAAGUAGUGGACAUCCUGGGCAUCGAGGACUAUUCUGUCAGCCAGACCACACUGGACAACGUCUUUGUGAACUUUGCCAAGAAGCAGAGCGACAACCUGGAGCAGCAGGAGGCCAGCAGCCCGGCUUGUUCGAUGGAGUCCCCUCUGCAGCGCCUCUUGAGCCUCCUUCGGCCGCGGGCGGCGCCAACGGAGCUGCGGUCCCUUGUGGUGGAGGAGCCGGAGGACCUGGAGACCGACGACGAGGGACUGAUCAGCUUUGAGGAGGAGAGGGCCCAGCUCUCCUUCAACACGGACACACUUUGCUGAGGAACUGAGGGGGACACGGCCCCUUCCUUGGCUUUGGAACCACGGACUCCUUCCUCCAUCGGUGCCCUUGGCCAUCCUUGACCCUCCCCACCAUCCACCACCGAAACCUUGGAAGGAGGAAUGGGGUCAGCAGAGUUAGUGUCCAGCCUUGGCAGUUUUGCCCUGGACAAGAGGCUACUCUGCUGGUCACUGUGAGGCACCACCUUGGAGCGCAGGACCCUUCCUCAAUCCCUUUCUGCUCCAUCCACGCAAAAACACAGUGAAGGAAGGAGAGGUUUUGGGGAGGAUCACCUCAUUCUCCAUUCUCUGGCCACUUGGGGAGGCACAUGGUUUGGCCACACCAAAGGACACUUCUAUCGGUCAGUUCCAGUGUUGCAUUUCCGAUGUCCAUUUCCUACCGAUUGUCCUUGGGGCGGUGGCUUUGCGAAGGAGACGCCGCUUCAGGUCACUCCAAAAUGGCCCACAAAGUAUCAGAACAUCCUUGAAGGAAUGUAUGUCUUUCACUACAUUGAGGACAUUUCUCGUUUGGCUGCUGCGGCAUCGCUUGACCUACGGACAUUUUAUGCACUUUCAUGUGGAGCUCCUUGGAGGAAGAGUUGGGAAGUGGAAUCAUUUGCAUUUAUGGAUUUGGAGGAAGGCUUGGGGUGCCAAAAAGGUGGACAAGAGGCUAAACCAUGUCAAGACACUGACAGUGAAGCAAAUAUCGGCUGGCUCUCCCUGCAAGGUAGACCUCCUUCACUCCUAUGUCUCCAUCUUUUUGGGUGACUUAUCACAGGGCAAAAAGGGAUUUGCGCUCUUGUCUGCUCUUUGCAGAUUUUUGCAAAUGUCUCCUCUUACUCACUUGGGCCUCAUUGCUCAAAAUGGUGUUGAAUCUCAUGCUUUUUGGUUCAACUCUGGUUUCUCUUUCCCAACUUCUUUCUUGGGAGAGAGAGAAAUGAACUGAUCAUGAAAUGCUGCUCAUCUUCCUCCUCCCCCAAACCGGUUGUUUUCCUUUUUCUAAAACAUUGAACAACAACAACAGCAACAACAAAAGAAGCAGCUACUAAUGCUACUAGUCCUCAUGGCUGCGAAUGCGGGGAAUGUAUCCGCUUUUGGAACGGCUUCCUUCGGAGGCAGAAAUGUCCAGAGAAGGGCUUUGCAACUGGAUGAGACUGGAAGGGAUCCCUCAGCUCUGUCUUUGGGAUCCCGCGGAUCCUUCCAAGGACCGCCUGCCUUGCGUCGGAGACCCUUGCCAGCCUCCGGCCGACUUUUUUUGCACUUCUGAAAACUGAGCAACGUGUUACACCAAUACAGCAUGACAGUGGCAGGCAGGAGGCCUUGCACCAGCAGUUUUUAUUUCUAUUUCGUGAUGAUCCUGCUUCUCGAACUCUGGACUGGACGUCAGAUGUUGGCCUUGUUUUCCAGAGGCCUGCCUCACAAGGGUGGUGCGGAUCUACCAUUUCUUCUAGUCUCUCCUUUUUCUGUUUCAGAUGCUUGCAAGCAGGAAAGGGAUUGGGAGGAAGGAAGACUGCUUCUUCCAGCUAACAAAUUGUCUUGCACCUAUGGAUGUUGGGAUAUGUUGUGCGCAAAGGUGGAUGGUUUUGUGUGUGUCCCUGUUUAAGGGAGGCUAAGUUUUGCAGGGAUUCCUCUCUAGCAAAGGGGAUCCUCGGGGUCUCUCUGACACCUUUGGUCCUGAGCAACGCGUGCGCAUGUGCGGAUGGCAAUAAAUGCAAGAAGGAGAGUUGCACGAAGCCACGUAAGCCCUGUUGUUGUAGAUCCAUUGGAUCAGGAGGGAGCCAACCCCUUGAUUCAAUGGGUCUCCUCUAGUUAGAUGUCGUCCUUUGCUGCUCUGCAUCAUCCUCGGGUUUCCCCUGCAAUAAAAUAUGGAAACCGGCGUCCAUCCUCUUCCGUUCUCCAUCGUUCGGACGUCUGGCGUUCGUUCCAGGUUGAAAACAUCCACUUCUUUUUUUUUGUUCUUUUGGACUGUACUACAAGUUGGGACUGUUGGGGCUACCUCUGUUGGUAUUUACCCAGAACUUGGAGAAGUUACUUUUUUGGACUGCAACUCCCAGAAUCCCCGAUCCAGCAAGGAGGAAUCUGGCUUCCCAGGUUCCUUCUAGAGAACGAAUCCACUCUGUGCCAAACUGGGGCUGCUUCCUCCAAAACAUGGAUUGAUUGAUUGAUUGAUUGAUUAUGAAUUGUAUUUUAAUAUUUUGCAAUGCAGGCAGAUGUGGGAGAGGCAUUUAUGUACAGUUUUGUGAUUUUUAUCCAGUGCAAGUUUCUGCUUUUAUUUAUUUAUUCUGCGGAGGAGUGUGUUUGUGUGUCUGAUUGUGUGUGUGAGAGAGAAACUUUCAUUUCAACAAGGAUGAAAUUAAUGCACACUUCCAGAUCUUGUUGCACUACAACUCCCAGCAGCCCCAGCAAGUGGUGGGGAAUUCUGGGAAAUGGUAGUCCGCUAACAUCUGGAGGUUGACACAAGUCUUAUUCAUGCUUUAAACCAGCAAUCCCCAAACUUUGGUCCUCUAGAUGUUUUGGACUUCAGCUCCCAGCAUUCCUAACGGUGGGGCUUCUGGGAGUUUGAGACCAAAAAAACAUCUGGAGGACCCAAGUUUGGGAACUGACGUUUUAAA